CCGCCCCCUCGCUUGGCAAAGUGGCCUUUGUUCUGUUCAGGCUCUGCGUCUCUGUUCCAUUCAGGGAUCUGGGAAAAACCUGUCAAAAGCUGGAUGCAUGUUUUGGAAAAGCAGAGUAUCUGGUGUGGAUCAACGCCAGCACGGAUGGACAGAGCAGCUUCAUGCGUAACAGUUGCACCUGAGGUUUGCACAAACACCUGAAGUCCCAGGAGCACACACUACCCCACCAUUCCCGUCUGAGCCUCUACUUCCUGUCGAAGUUCCAAUAGGCCCAAAUUGAUUGUGACAUCUGAACCCACUAGUCUUGGCAUAUCCUGCCUUACUUCUGUCAGGGAAUCUGACAUCUGUAACCUACUUCAGAUCUCAGUUACAGAAGUCAAGUUCCCUGGUGGAGGUAGGGCAGGAUAUACCUUUUAUUUUAUCACACAGGAACCAAAGACUUGAUAGCUUCAAAGUCAAGGCCUAAUCCAUUAAAAAUACUAUUGAAACAAUAAGGUAUAAUAAAAGACAAUACUGCCCAUGUAAUUCUUCAUUGUGAAUUUUAUAAGGCUAGUCGUUCUAAGUUUAUUUUACCUUUGCUAAAGAGUCGUCCCGGCCAGGGGCGUAGCAAGGCUGGAGUGGGCCCAGAGUCAAGAUUUUAAAAUGGGCCCCUCGCUGAUAUACACACACAAAUACACUUCACAAUAUAUAGUGCAUUCACACUCACAUCCCCAUUAUGAAUAUGGUCUUGUUCCCAUUGAAUCUAGUUCACAGGGGCAGAUCCAGCAGGAAGUUACAGCGGGUGCAACAAGAAUUCCCCCCCAUAAAAGAUCCCCCCCAUAUGAAUAUUGGGGCUUGGAUUUUCUUUCUCUUGCAAAUGCAUUAUGCCAGGGGGUGUCAAACAGAUUUGGUGGUGGGCCAGAUUAGAUUCUGAUGCACCUCUGGUGAGCCACACAUAGCCUUGCGCCCACCUUACAUCACCUAUCUUCCUCCUCCUCUCUGCUCUUUCUCUCAUUCCUUUUAUCCCCCACCCCCUUAAAUUAGCUGAAUUCACUACUUUUUACACUAGAAUAUACUCAGGGAAAGAUUGAUUUUUGGAGGGAGACCACCAGCCCAACAGCCAGCUUACUCAGCUCUGUAGUUACAUACAAAUUCCCAGUGGGAGAGGAGCCACGAGACGCCAGGAGAACCAAUAGGGCUGGGAGAAAAGUUAACCCUUUUUAAACUGUCUGCUACUGCCAAUCUCCAAGAGACUCAAUAUUAAUUCAUAGGGGGUGCAACAUGGGCGAGCAGGGAGUAAUGUGAUGUGCCUCUGGGGGGCCCCUUGAGGCAGUGGGGCCCUGAGACAACUUGUCUCUCCUUGCCUAAUGGUAGUUACACCCCUGGUCCCGGCCACACAGAUCAUUUCUACUUGGAGUAUCUGCUGUCCAAUUUUAAACCUGGGAUGUCUGUUAAUGUGGCCAGAUUUUGUUUUACUAUAUGUAAGCUUCGUAAAGCCUGUAUUGCUUAAUCAAAUAUUUUGUAAAAUGUAAAGAUUAGCUGGUCUAUGACCAUAAUAAACUUUAUCUAUCUAUAAAAGACAAUAAGUAUUUCGCAAACUACCAGUAUGAUAUAUAUGUGUGUGUAGAUAUGGAUAUACAUAUUGUUAACCAAGCAAAGCCUCCUUGCCAUUCUCCUUCACUCUAAUCACUCUUGUCUCUCUCAUAGGUGGUGCAGUAAAGCUGGCCAUGUGUAUGAGAUCAUCUCCUGUGUGUGGUGGUGUGGAAAUGACUUCAGUGCACCCAUAUCAGGGCCUGGUGACCUUUGAGGAUGUGGCUGUGUAUUUCACGGAGGAAGAGUGGGCUCUGCUGGAUCUGGACCAAAGAGUCUUGUACAGGGAAGUCAUGGAGGAAAAUUAUGGGAUUGUGACCUCUCUUGCUGAUGGGUGGCAGCAUGAGAGCAUGGGAGAACAACGCAGAGCAUCAUUGGAAAGAGUCAAAUGUAAAGGAGGAAGGCAUCAGAGAAGUAACACUGAAGCAAAACAAAAGAGGGGAAUUGAAUCCUCUGUUUCUCAUGGCGGCGGCAUCCAGGAAACCCUAGUCCAAGAAAAAAUUGUCCAAGGAAAGGUGACGAGGAAGUGCUCAGUGUGUGGGAAAAACUUCAGUUCUCAAUCAAGCCUAAAAACUCAUUGGAAGAUCCACACAGGAGAGAAGCCGUUUAAGUGCUCGGAGUGUGGAAAGAGCUUCUGUCAGUUUGCAAGCCUCACUUCACAUCAACGAAUCCACACAGGGGAGAAGCCAUUUCAAUGCUCGGAGUGUGAAAAGAGCUUCUGUCAAAGAGCAAACCUAAUUACACACCAAAGGACCCAUACAGGGGAGAAACCUUAUGAAUGCUUGGAGUGUGGAAAGAGCUUCAGUCAGCAUGGACAUCUUACUUCUCAUCAAACAAUCCAUGCUGGAGAGAAACCAUAUAAAUGCUUUGAGUGUGGAAAGGGCUUCAGAGAAAGCUCAGGCCUGAUUAGGCACCAAAGGAUUCACACAGGAGAGAAACCGUAUGAAUGUCUGGAGUGUGGAAAGAGCUUCAUUCUGCAUUCACAUCUUACAUCCCAUCAGACGAUUCAUGCAGGACAGAAACCAUAUAAAUGCUUAGAAUGUGGAAAGAGCUUCAGACAGAGUUCCGCCCUUACUAGACAUCAGACAAUUCACACAGGGGAAAAACCCUACAAAUGCCUCGAGUGUGGAAAAAGCUUCAGGGAGAAAUCAGCCCUUGCUAGGCAUCAAACCAUUCAUGCUGGAGAUAAACCAUUUAAAUGCUUGGUAUGCGGAAAGUGCUUCAGACAGAGCACAGGCCUUAUGAGGCACCAAACAAUCCACACAGGGGAGAAGCCAUAUAGAUGCCUGGAGUGUGGACAAAGUUUUACUCAGCGUUCCAACCUGACUUCCCAUCAAACAAUCCACGCAGGGGAAAAACCAUAUAAAUGCCAGGAGUGUGGGAAAAGCUUCAAUCGGAGCACAGGCCUCACUUCACAUCAAAGAAGCCAUACAGGGGAGAAACCAUAUCAGUGCUUGGAGUGUGGAAAAAGCUUCAUCUGGAAAUCAAAUCUGGAACGCCACUGGCAAAUCCACACCGGGGAGAAGCCGUUUAAGUGCUUGGACUGUGGGAUGAACUUCUGUCAGCGUGCAAAGCUUGUUGCCCACCAAAGAACCCACACAGGGGAGAAACCUUUCGGAUGCUCAGACUGUGGCGUGAGCUUCGCUCAGAAGGCCAACCUGAUCCGACACCAAAUCAUUCACACCAGGGAAGAACCAUAUAAAUGCCAGGAGUGCGGAGGAAGCUUCAGUCAGCGUGGAAGCCUGACUUCACAUCAAAGAAGCCACACAGGGGCACAGCGAUCUAAGGCGGGGGUCCUUAAUGUGGAGACCACUCAGCAAGGAAGCCUUAUUCCACAUGAGAGAAGCCACAUGGAGGUGCAGCCCUAUACGUCAGGGGUCCUUAACCCAGGGACCGGGGACCCCCUGGGGGUUCUUGGGGUAGGUCCUGGUAGUCCUUGGAAAAGUAGCGGAAUGACAGUGCCGAUGUGUAUUGAGUCCUCUUUGCAGGAUGGAGUGGAAACAGCUUCUCUGAAGCCAGAUCAGGACCCAGUCUCCUUUGAGGCGGCGGUACGCUUAAAUGAGAAGUGGGCUCUUCUGGACCUGGAGCAAAGAGCCCUGCAUGGGGAAGUCAUGGAGGAGAAUUGUGGUGUGGUGGCCUCUCUGGGUAUCUACCAACCCCCAGCAUCUUCUUUGGAUGCCGUUUGGGAGAGGAAGAACGGGGAAGAACCAGACAGAGCGUCACUGGAAAAGGGAAGCUAUAAAGAGGCAGAAAAGCAAAAAAUGGAAAUGGAAGCAAACGAGAAAAGGAGGAAUGCAUCCUUUUUUUCUCAGAAUGAUGUCAUCCAUGAAAUCCCACUCCGAGGAAAACCAGGGAAGGCAAAGGAAGGAAAUCUUUGCCCUGUGUGUGGGAAAAUCUUCAGCUCUAAUUCGGGCUUUAAAUGCCACUGGAGAAUCCACACAGGAGAGAAACCAUUUAAGUGCUUAGAGUGUGGAAUGAGUUUCACCCAGUGUGCAAACCUUAUUACACAUCGGACAGUCCACACUGGGGAAAAACCGUAUAAAUGCGCAGAGUGUGGGAAAAGGUUCCGUCGGAGGACACCCCUUGUUGUUCAUCAAAGAACUCACACAGGGGAGAAACCCUUCAAGUGCUCAGAUUGUGGAAAGCGAUUCGGUCAGAAGAUAAACCUACUUAGACACGAAGUCAUUCAUACAAGGGAGAAACCAUUUCAGUGUCAGGAGUGUGCAAAAAGCUUCAGUCAAAGCAGACACCUUAAUUUACAUCGAAGAAUCCAUACAGGGGAGAAACCACACAAAUGCUUGAAGUGUGGAAAGUGUUUUAGUCGGAGCACAAACCUUACUUCCCAUCGACGAAUCCAUACAGGGCAGAAACCAUAUAAAUGCUCGGAGUGUGGAAAGAGCUUCAGCUAUCCCUCGGCCCUUACUUCCCAUCAAAGAAUCCACACAGGGGUGAAACCGUUUAAGUGCUUGGAGUGUGGAAUGAGUUUCACCCAUUGUGCAAACCUUACUUCUCAUCAGACAGUCCACACUGGGGAAAAACCAUAUAAAUGCGCAGAGUGUGGGAAAAGCUUCCGUCGGAGGACACACCUUGUUUUGCAUCAAAGAACUCACACAGGGGAGAAACCCUUCAAGUGCUCGGAAUGUGGAAAGCAAUUUGGUCAGAGGAUAAACCUACUAAGACAUGAAGUCAUUCAUACAGGGGAGAGACCAUUCCAAUGUGUGGAGUGCGGAAAAAGCUUCAGUCAAAGCAGACACCUUAAUUUACAUCGAAGAAUCCACACAGGGGAGAAACCAUUUAAGUGCUUAGAGUGUGGAAUGAGUUUCACCCAGUGUUCAAACCUUACUUCUCAUCAGACAGUCCAUACUGGGGAAAAACAGUAUAAAUGUGCAGAGUGUGGGAAAAGCUUCAGUCGGAGGACACACCUUGUUUUGCAUCAAAGAACUCACACAGGAGAGAAACCCUUCAAGUGUUUGGAAUGUGGAAAGCGAUUUGGUCAGAGGAUAAACCUACUAAGACACGAAGUCGUUCAUACAGGGGAGAAACCAUUCCAGUGUGUGGAGUGCGGAAAAAGCUUCAGUCAAAGCAGACACCUUAAUUUACAUCGAAGAAUCCACACAGGGGAGAAACCAUAUACCUGUGCGCACUGUGGAAAGACUUUCAGUCAAAGGCCAGCUCUGACUCGUCACCAAAGAAUCCACACAGGAGAGAAACCACACAAAUGCCUGGAGUGUGGAAAGUGUUUUAGUCGGAGCACAAACCUUACUUCCCAUCAACGAAUUCAUACAGGGCAGAAACCAUAUAGAUGCUCGGAGUGUGGAAAGAGCUUCAAUCAGAGCUCAAAUCUUAGACAACACCAAAUAAUUCAUACAGGGGAGAAGCCAUAUAAAUGCUUGGAAUGUGGGAAGGGCUUCAGUCGCAGGACACAUCUUGCUUCCCACCAAAAAAUCCACACUGGGGAGAAACCCUUUGCAUGCUUAGAUAGUGGCAUGAGCUUUUGCAAUAAAUCAGGUUUUUGAAACCAUCUACAACUUCAUAUGGGGGAAGACCAUUUGCAUGCUGAUAGUACAGAAAGAGCAUUAGUCAAAGCUCAAGCCUUAAUUUCCUGAAAGUUGCACAGAAGUGAGAUUGCAUAAUCUCCCAGAUUGUAGAAUGUGAUAAAUCAAGUGUUAGAUGUUAUCUAAGGAUACACACUGGGGACAAACCAUAUAAAUGCUCAGGUUGCAGUGAGAUGUUUUGUCAUUUUUCAUGUGGGACUGGACCUUAGGAACAUAUGAAGGGGCCUUAUACAGAGUUGGACCCUUGGUCCACCUUUUCAGUCUUGUCUACACUGACUGGCAGUGGCUUUUCAAGGUUUCAGGCAGGGAAAUAUUUUCCCAGCCCUACCUGAAGAUGGCAGGGAUUGAACCAGGGACCUUCUGCAUCCAAAGUAGCAGCUCUGCACCUGUGCUAUAGAUGCUUCUGAUGAACACAGGAAGCUGUCUUAUAUUGAGUCAGACCUUAGUCUCAGUGUUGUCUACACUGACUGGGAGCAGCUCUCUCAUGUUUCAGCCAGGGGUCUUUUUCUAGUCCAACUGAAGAUGUCAGAGACUGAAUCUAGGACCUUCUGUGUACAAAGUCGCUGCUCUGCCUCUGAGCUAUGGUCCUUCCCACAUGGAGGCCCCCAGGUUCUGGAGUUUCCUCCCUUGGAAGAGUCAUAAACUCCCCUUUCUCCUGACCCUCAGGUGUUUGCUAAAAGCUUUCUCUUUUGGGCAGACCUUGGGAACCAAGGAGAUCUGAGUGGGCCCCUCUUGGUAGAACUGAUGGUAUGAUCUAGCUUUUGGCUCUGUACUUUUUUUUAGGGUAUUUUUAUUCUGCUUUAACUGCUUUGAAUAUUGUUGUAAUCUGUCUCGAGGCCUUGGCGAUAAUGUGGCACCAUUUUACGUAAAUAAAGCCUUAACAGACUUCAGAGGAACCACAUGGAAGAGCAAUUCUGCUCAUCCUUGAUGUUUGGAAGGAGCUGUCGAAGCGAGGAAAUUCCAUAUGUGCAAAUCCCAUAAAUGGAGCAAUAUUAAUCUGCAGUCGCCAAAACGGAAUCCUUUGGCACCCGAAAGACUAAUCUGUUGAUAAUUUAAGCUUUUGUGAGAUAAAGAGCCUCUUCUCACGAUUGGUGAGAAGGGCUAGAGGGCAGCCUGCGGGGAAGGUGGGUUAAACUUACCUUCCCCGCAGACGAGCAGUUCUGUCUCCUUGGGCGGGCAGAUCGCCCACCCAGACGAACACCAGCUCCUGCUGGUAGCUCCGGAGGUUGGGGUGCUGGGACACGCUGCCCUGCCCCCUGGUGCUCCAAUAAUGCACCGCGUGAGUGCCCCUCCCCCUCAGUCUGCCAAUCCCCCUCCCCACAGUCUGCCAGCUGCAGCUGCAAGCAGCCCCGGCUGACACACGAAUGCCAAAACGGGGUUAGGAGAACAUUUUGAGGGGUGGCUCCACAAGUGGGCUUGCCGCCAUAGUGCCACUGGGGUCAGGCCCAAUCCCAGUGAUUCACACGCGCGUACAAAACUGGGCUGGGCUUAGCCCAGUUUUGAAUGUGUGCGUGAGUUGCCUCAUGAUCUGCUGCUAACUCAAAUCAGAUUGGCAGCAUCCAGGCGUUUUCAGUGGUGGAACCAUGUCUAUGGAAUGACUCAGUUGAGGGCCUUCACCAGGCUUCUGUACUGGCUGUUUUCAAGUGGGUCCUGAAGACCUUCUUUUUGUUUUGGAUAGCUUUUAAUCCUUAACCUCUUAGCCAAUUUUAACACUGGCUUUAUUCUGAUGCAUAUCGGGGUAUAGACAAAGGGAAAGCUUUAGGAACAACUCAUCAUUUAAUUUUUGGUGGUGAGGUAGGGAGAAGGAAAGAUGCUUUGCGGGGAGGUAAGGGUUUUUAGAUUUGGCAGGGAGAGCUGGUCUUGUAGUAACAAGCAUGACUUGCCCCCUUAGCUAAGCAGGGUCCACCCUGGUUGCAUAUGAAUGGGAGACUACGUGUGAGCACUGUAAGAUCUUCCCCUCAGGGGAUGGAGCCGCUCUGGGAAGAGCAGAAGGUUCCAAGUUCCCUCCUGGGCAUUUCCAAGAUAGGGCCGAGAGAGAUUCCUGCCUGCAACCUUGGAGAAGCCGCUGCCAGUCUGUGUAGACAAUACUGAGCAAGAUGGACCAAGGGUCUGACUCGGUAGAAGGCAGCUCCCUAUGUUCCUAUGAGUUCAGUAAAAGGAGUGGUGGAACUCCUCAAAUGCUUAGGGAGGGCUCUGCACCCCCUGAUGCAUAUUUUUGUUUGUGUACUUUUCUCUUUUAUGGAUUAUUUUUCCUAUGUUUUCACAUUGUAAACUGCUCUGUGUAAAUUGUUUUUUGUUUUUAGAAUAGCAGUACAAAAUAUUUGAAAUAAUUUUUUUAAAAAUGGA